AUGUCACGUGGUGUACUUUCCGAACCUGAUUUUAUAGGGGUUUCUGAAGCAGAAUUUUUGGAAGAGCUACGAGAUCAAAAUGUGUGUGCCGCUCGUCGCAUUAAUAUUCGAAGAGGUGACAGACUUGUUCCCACGCAACAUGUUGUUCUUACAUUUCAAACGCUGGUUUUGCCUAAAACCAUCAAAGGCGGUUAUAUUAAUUGCAAAAUUCGACCUUACAUCCCCAAUCCUCUACGAUGUUUUAAAUGUCAGAGGUAUGAACAUUCACAAAUAGGUUGUCGAAGCAAUGAGCAUAUUUGUGGCAAAUGUGCAGAAUCAGGCCAUGAAAUGAAUGCUUGCACAUCUGACAUUCUGAAAUGUGUCAACUGUUCUGGCUCCCAUGCUGCAUUUUCCAAAUCCUGCCCUAAAUGGAUCUUGGAAAAAGAAAUAAUUUCCAUUAAGAUAAAAAAUAACAUAACUUUGCCGGAAGCCCGAAAGAUUGUGAAUGAUAGAACUCCAAAAGUUGGCGUUUCCUAUUCAUCUGCUCUUAAAUCAAUUCAGAACAUAUCUUGCUCCCAAACUGAUGCAAGCAUUACCCACUGUCACUGCGUAAUAAUUAAUCCAGUGCCACCUGAUUACCAACCAUCUACUUCCGCUCAAGCACAAAAAAGUUUUACAAUCUCAGAAAAUUUGUCUCCAAAAAAAUCAGCGGCACGACUUCCUGGUGUUUCAAAAAAAGAAACUGCCAAAAACAGGAAGAAACUGAAAUCGCUUGCAACAAAACCUCAUGUUGCCGAAGAUUUUUUAAAAAUUAACACUUCAUCAUCUGAAUUUUCAGAUAUGGAGCUCGAUUCUUCAGCUUCACACAAGAAAAUUCCUGCAGAGGGUAUAAAGAAGAAGAAAAAUCCUCCAGAUAAAAAUUGA